AUGUACAACGCGACAAGGACAUUCCACCCGUCGCAGUAUCCACACUCAGCAUCGCAGGCACUUCCUGAGUUUGAUGUGAGUGGAGUGCUUUUGAACGAGCCACUGUUUGUGAUAUCGCCGAAGAAAGUCUACAUCCACAAAAUCUAUGUUGCGUACAAGGAACGGAAAGGUGGGGUGGUGAGUGUGAUGGUUUCUUUCACUGGGGAGUUGUUAGAGAGCGGAGUUGAUGGGACGUUGGAGGAGAUGAUAGAUCGGUGGUUGUGUUUCAUUCAACAGACAACACAAAAGGAGUGGGAGGUGACGUUCUGCAAGGUUGGAGAGAUUGGGAGCAGCGAGUUGGGGAAGAUGAAUGGGUAUCUCGACGACAUUCGGAAAAACUUCAAAGGUGUUGUGAAAAGUGUGUUUCUGAGUGACAUCGAAGUCUAUCCAUCGAUGGUUAUGUCCGAAGAGGAGUACGAGCUGCUUGACGGGAAGAAGUCCUUCUACAAAGUCGACGACCAGCGAACAGCAACCCGUGAGAUGAAAGGAGAAAACCGUGCAACAUAUUACAGUCUGCUCCCAGGCUGUGGCGAUGUUGGUUGCAAGGUCGGCGGAUACACAGUCAACCUGUACGACCCAGACAACACAGAACUCCACAGGAUGAUGCAGCAAUACCACGACCUGUCCUUCCUCAACAGCGACCCAGUCGAUGGUCGGCGAUGGUCAAUACUACCCCGCCACGUCCACAUUCUCCAAAAGAUCGACCUGAGAAUGGACAUCGUCGAUUUGUGUGAUUGA